CAUAUAUUUUUAUUUAUUUAUUAUUUUCUGAGUCAUUGUCAUUUUCAAGAAUUUUUUAAAUUUCUUUAAAUGACUGUUCACAGAAGGGUGGGUUCGCCGAUAGCCAAAUCCUGCCCAAAGUGCCCAAAGAAAGUUUCCGGUAUAAAUGAAAAUUUAUAAUGCAGAACGAAGACCAUAGACCACAUAUUAUUGAAGUGAAUGAAGGAGUGAUUGAUUUGGGGAAAGAGAUCGAUAGGGAUAACAUUCCACCGUUGCGAAAUCCAUAUAAAGGUGAACGAAGAGGACAUUUUAAUACUACCAAGUUAUUCGAAAGCGAACCGGUGUUACAAAGACCUAAACCUAGAAGGCGUAUUCCGAUUCCAAAGGAUUUGCCAAAACCGAAAGCUGUGCCUACUUAUAGUACUCUUAGUAAACCGAAUUUGGAUAGAAACAUAAAAUUUGAAACACCACCGUCGGAUGGUAUAAAGAAAUUUGCCACAGAAAAAUUACGCAAUAAGGUUCCAAACGUUGCUUGUUCUUCGGUUAGCAGCAGUACGGUGACAGCGAUAACAAAAAUUCCACAUUCGCGUGUUAUUAGAAAUAAACCUAUUUUAAGAAGUAAAGUAUCGAACAGUAGAAUACCAGGUGCUGAUCCAAGAUUUAGAAGAACUAGAUCACCCUCUUCAAAAAAUCAUUUAACCACUCAAUCAGAGUUGAGAGUUUCACCAACAACAUCAGAAAAAAUUAAAACUAAAUCACAAUCCGAAUCCAAAUUUUUACUCCCUUCUCAAAGUGAUGCACUUUCAACUACUCGAAUGAAUAUUGGAAAAAGUAAAGGAGAUUCACUUAAAUCAAUAAAUAAAAUUUUACUUCAAAAAUCUGAUUAUUCUGAAUCAAAACUGGCUGAAAAAAGUGAUGAUCCCUCAUCAAAAAUAUCUCAAGAUGACAAAAGUAAGAGUGUUGAAGCACCUACGUUGUCAGAAGCAACAAGUUUAAUAGGAGGUACUCUAUAUCAAUCCGCAGUUUCUGGGCCAUCAUUAAAAAAUGAGAAACCUUUUUGGGAUGAUCCGAGAUUAAUUGAUAAAUACGGAAAAUUACUUAAACCUGUUUCACUCGGUCCGCGGAAUUCAUUAAGUUCAUGGACGUUGCCGACUGAAAAACCUGACAAUUUCUACCAUAGAGACGUUAUGUUCAGCGACCCUCAACGGAACAUAAUCUCAAAAAACGAGUCGAAAAGACAACUUCUGCAGCGACAUUGCACAAAAUGUUAUAGUACAAUGAAUAAUAAUACUAUUUUUACUGAAUCCACAAGAACUAUUCCACCUUAUGAUCUAAAUAAAGAAAAGCUUUAUAGCUUAAUUUAUUCAAAUUACUUAUCUGCAGUAUUUUUUGCUCUCGGAUCUAUUUGUGGACUUCUCCUGGUUGCUUUGGUAGUCUGGGUUGUAGCCAAUGAUCUAGCAUUUACAUAUUUUCAAAAAAGUCCGUCGAAACCGAAGUUUACUGGAAUGACUGCGUGGGUAGUGUAUUUCGUGGGCGGUGCUAUUUAUGGAAUUAUAUAUAUCUGUAAAUGGAUUGGAUUUAUGUUUACAAUACCCAAGAACGAGGUUUAUAACACUGCAAAAAUUGAACCGCCAGAACCUUGGUAUUCUACUCUUAUAUCGUGGACAUAAUUUUAUUGUAAAAAAAGUACAAAUAUAUUUUCUUUAUUCUUU